AUGCCAUACGAAUUUAAGAAAUGUAUUAAAGCAUUUAAAACUUUCUCUAUCAUUUAUCACAGCAGCAAUAAACACUACAGAUAUGAAGAUUGUGGCAAUGCUUUUAAUCAGAGGUCAGCCCUUACUAUACACAAGAAGGUUUGUGCUGGAGAGAAACACUACAAAUGCACAGAAUGUGGGAAAGCAUUUAUUCAAUUUUCAAACCUUACUAAACACCAGAAGAGUCAUAGUGAUGAGAGACUAUAUGAAUGUAAGGAAUGUGGCAGAGGCUUUAAGUAUAAUGCAGUCCUUACUCGACACCAGAAAAUACAUACUGGAGAGAAGCUGUACAGUUGUGCAGAAUGUGGGAAAGCAUUUAUUCAAAAUUCACAACUUACUCACCACCAGAGGAUUCAUAGUGAUGAGAGACGAUACAAAUGUAAGGAAUGUGGAAGAGAGUUUAAAUACACCUCACUCCUUACUCAACACCAGAAGAUUCACACAGGAGAGAAGCCCUACAUCUGUAAAAAAUGUGGGAAAGCAUUUAUUCAAUUUUCAAACCUUACUGAACACCAGAGAAUUCAUAGUGAUGAGAGACCAUAUGAAUGUGAGAAAUGUGGCAAAGACUUUAAGUAUCAAAAAUACCUUACUCAACACCAGAGGAUUCAUAGUGAUGAGAGACCAUAUGAAUGUAAGGAAUGUGGCAAAGUCUUUAAGUAUCAUAAAUCUGUUACUGAACACCAGAGGAUUCAUACUGAUGAGAGACCAUACAAAUGUAAGAAAUGUGGAAGAGAUUUUAAAUACAUCUCAAACUUCACUCGACACCAGAAAAUUCACAGUGGAGAGAAGCCCUACACAUGUAAAGAAUGUGGGAAAGCAUUUAUUCAACUCUCUAAUCUUACUUGGCACCAUAUGGUUCAUAGUGAUAAGAGACCAUACAAAUGUAAGGAAUGUGGAAGAGAGUUUAAAUACAACUCAACCCUUACUCGACACCAGAAGAUUCAUACAGGAGAGAAGCCCUAUUCCUGUAAAGAAUGUGGGAAAGCAUUUAUUCGAUUUUCAAAAUUUACUGAACACCAGAGAAUUCAUAGUGAUGAGAGACCAUAUGAAUGUGAGAAAUGUGGCAAAGACUUUAAGUAUCAAAAAUGCCUUACUCAACACCAGAGGAUUCAUAGUGAUGAGAGACCAUAUGAAUGUAAGGAAUGUGGCAAAGACUUUAAGUAUCAUAAAUCCCUUACUAAACACAAGAGGAUUCAUACAGAUGAGAGACCAUACAAAUGUUUAGAAUGUGGAGUGGAUUUUAAAUACAUCUCAAACCUUACUCAACACCAGAAAAUUCAUACUGGAGAGAAGCCCUAUACAUGUAAAGAAUGUGGGAAAGCAUUUAUUCAAUUUUCAAACCUUACUCAGCACAAGAUGGUUCAUAGUGAUGAGAGACUAUAUGAUUGUAAGGAAUGUGGCAAAGGCUUUAAAUGCAAUACAGCCCUUAUUAAACACCAGAAGAUUCAUAGUGGAGAGAAGCCCUACACAUGUAAAGAAUGUGGAAAAACAUUUAUUCAAAUCUCAGAACUUACUCAGCAGCAGAAUUCAUACUGGAGAGAGACCAUACAAAUGAAGUAA